AUGAAGGUUCGGAGUCAGAAUUCAGUAAAAUCUGGUAAAUUCUUCAAAAUCUCACUUGUUUUGUGCUCCAUAGCAUUCCUUUCCCUCCUCUUUUCCUUCAACCAGAAACCACCCAACUGUACCAACUGCCACCGCCGGAAAAUAAUCGCCGUCGAGUCAUCGCAAUCGCAACCACCGACGAACGUAUCCCACCUUCUAUUUGGCAUAGCGGGGUCCACCAAGACAUGGAAAAAGCGUCAAAGCUACUGCGAGCUCUGGUGGAUGCCUAACGUCACCCGUGGGUUCGUCUGGGUGGACGAGAAGCCCAACGCCACGUGGCCAGCCACGUCUCCUCCGUAUAGAGUUUCAGCGGACACGUCGGAAUUCAGCUACACCUGCUGGUAUGGGUCCAGGUCGGCAGUAAGGCUGGCCAGGAUCGUGAAGGAGAGCUUCGAAUUGGGAGUGGAGAACGUGCGGUGGUUUGUGAUGGGCGACGACGACACCGUUUUCUUUGUGGAGAAUUUGGUGACUGUUUUGGGUAAAUAUGAUCACAAUCAGAUGUAUUACAUCGGCUCUAACUCCGAGAGCGUCGAGCAAAACGUCAUCCAUUUGUAUGGCACGGCUUACGGCGGCGGCGGAUAUGCGAUUAGUUAUGCACUGGCGGUGGAGCUGGUGAGGAUUUUGGACGGUUGUCUUGAUCGGUACGCCAGUCUCUACGGUGGAGACCAGAAAGUCCAGGCCUGCGUUACCGAAAUUGGUGUCCCCUUGACUAAAGAGUCUGGCUUCCACCAAGUGGAUAUUAGAGGAAGCCAAUAUGGGUUAUUGGCAGCGCACCCAGUGGCUCCAUUGGUAUCACUCCACCACGUGGACUACCUUCCACCCAUUUUUCCAACCAUGAUCCAAAUCGACGCCUUAAAGGCUUUAAAAACAGCCUACAACCUCGACCCUGGUCGGACCCUUCAGCAAAGCUUCUGUUACGACCCGGCCCGUAAUUGGUCCAUUUCGGUCUCAUGGGGCUACACCGUCCAGCUCUACCCAUGGCUCGCCACACCCAAAGACUUGGAGAAGAGUUUUCAGACUUUUGAGACGUGGAAGAGCUGGAGCGACGGCCCGUUCACUUUCAACACCCGCCCGGUCCAGUCGGACCCUUGCCAGAUGCCGAUUCUGUUCUUCUUGGACCUGGCGGAAUCCCCGAACCGGACGGUAACCAGUUACAAGAGGCAAUUGGACGUUUGGGAAAAAGAGUGUGGCAGAGACGAAUUCCAAUUAGCCCAGAAAGUGGAGCGUUUCCGCGUGGUGACUUUCGGACCUUUCAGCGCUUCCCACUGGAUUAAGGCCCCACGUAGACAAUGUUGCCAAGUGGUGAAUGGUACGAGUAUGGAUAAUGUGGUGAAUGUAUGGACGAGAGGCUGCAAUCCCUUUGAGACGGUGACCCCUCCCCAAUGGUAGGGGCUACGACCCAGUCCAACUAUGUAUUAAUGGCUAUUGAAUCUCAUCUUAUUAUCACCCACCACUUAUCUAAUAAAUCAUUACCUAUAAUCCAUAAGAUUUUCCACUUGUAUUAA